GGAAACACACGCUUCUUUCUUCACCUCCUCUUCCCUCCCCUCAUAAGAUCUGCGUCUGUCCUAGCAGUUCUUUCUUUCUUCUUCACCUCUCUCCCCCAACUUCUCUAAUACCCACCGCCAUCAUGCCCGAGACUUUCGAGUUCCAGGCUGAGAUCUCUCAGCUGCUCUCGCUGAUUAUCAACACUGUCUACUCUAACAAGGAGAUUUUCCUUCGUGAGCUGAUCUCCAACGCCUCCGAUGCCUUGGACAAGAUCCGUUACCAGUCCCUCUCGGACCCCUCCGUCCUGGACUCCCACAAGGACCUCCGCAUCGACAUCAUCCCCGACAAGGAGAACAAGACCCUGACCAUCCGUGAUACCGGUAUUGGUAUGACCAAGGCUGACUUGAUCAACAACCUUGGUACAAUUGCCCGCUCCGGCACCAAGCAGUUCAUGGAGGCCCUGUCCGCCGGUGCUGACAUCUCCAUGAUCGGUCAGUUCGGUGUUGGUUUCUACUCUGCCUACCUCGUUGCCGACAAGGUUACCGUCGUCUCCAAGCACAACGAUGACGAGCAGUACAUCUGGGAGUCCGCCGCCGGUGGUACUUUCACCCUGACCCAGGACACCGAGGGCGAGCAGCUCGGCCGCGGUUCCAAGAUCGUCCUUCACCUGAAGGAUGAGCAGAUGGACUACCUCAACGAGGCCCGCAUCAAGGAGGUUGUUCGCAAGCACUCCGAGUUCAUCUCCUACCCCAUCUACCUCCACGUCCUGAAGGAGACCGAGAAGGAGGUCCCCGAUGAGGAUGCUGCUGAGGAGACCAAGGAGGAGGAGGGUGAUGAGAAGAAGCCCAAGGUCGAGGAGGUCGAUGACGAGGAGGAGGAGAAGAAGGAGAAGAAGACCAAGACCAUCAAGGAGUCCAAGAUCGAGGAGGAGGAGCUCAACAAGACCAAGCCCAUCUGGACUCGCAACCCCGCCGACAUCACCCAGGAGGAGUACGCCUCCUUCUACAAGUCGCUCUCCAACGACUGGGAGGACCACCUCGGUGUCAAGCACUUCUCCGUUGAGGGUCAGCUCGAGUUCCGUGCCAUCCUCUUCGUCCCCAAGCGCGCUCCCUUCGACCUGUUCGAGACCAAGAAGACCAAGAACAACAUCAAGCUCUACGUUCGCCGUGUCUUCAUCACUGACGAUGCUACCGACCUCAUCCCCGAGUGGCUCAGCUUCGUCAAGGGUGUUGUCGACUCUGAGGAUCUCCCCCUCAACCUGUCUCGUGAGACCCUCCAGCAGAACAAGAUCAUGAAGGUCAUCAAGAAGAACAUUGUCAAGAAGACCCUCGAGCUCUUCCAGGAGAUCGCUGAGGACCGUGAGCAGUUCGACAAGUUCUACUCUGCCUUCAGCAAGAACAUCAAGCUCGGUAUCCACGAGGAUGCCCAGAACCGCCCCGCUCUGGCCAAGCUCCUCCGCUACCAGUCCACCAAGUCUGGUGACGAGUCCACCUCCCUCACCGACUACGUUACUCGCAUGCCCGAGCACCAGAAGAACAUCUACUACAUCACUGGCGAGUCCAUCAAGGCUGUCUCCCAGUCUCCCUUCCUGGACACCCUCAAGCAGAAGAACUUCGAGGUUCUGUUCCUGGUUGACCCCAUUGAUGAGUACGCCUUCACCCAGCUGAAGGAGUUCGAUGGCAAGAAGCUGGUCGACAUUACCAAGGACUUCGAGCUCGAGGAGACCGAGGAGGAGAAGGCCGAGCGUGAGAAGGAGGAGAAGGAGUACGAGGAGCUCGCCAAGGCCCUCAAGAACAUCCUCGGCGACAAGGUCGAGAAGGUUGUUGUCUCCCACAAGCUGAUGGGCGCCCCCUGCGCCAUCCGUACCGGCCAGUUCGGUUGGUCCGCCAACAUGGAGCGUAUCAUGAAGGCCCAGGCUCUCCGUGACACUUCCAUGUCCUCCUACAUGUCCUCCAAGAAGACCUUCGAGAUCUCCCCCAAGUCCAGCAUCAUCAAGGAGCUCAAGAAGAAGGUCGAGGCUGACGGCGAGAACGACCGCACCGUCAAGUCCAUUACCCAGCUCCUCUUCGAGACCUCCCUGCUGGUUUCCGGCUUCACCAUCGAGGAGCCCGCCAGCUUCGCCGAGCGCAUUCACAAGCUCGUCUCCCUCGGUCUGAACAUUGAGGAGGAUGUCGAGGCUGUCGAUGAGAAGGCCACCGAGGCUGCCGCUCCUGCUGAGGCUGCCGGUGAGUCUGCCAUGGAGGAGGUUGACUAAAUUAGUCGUCCUCUUUUUUGUCCUCCAUGUCGCAGCCUCCCCGCCAACCUCUUCUCCUUUUUACAAACUGGAUUAGCUUAAAGAUGGGUUUUUUGCAUGCUAAAAUCUGUUCUUUGUUUGCUGGUUCUGGUUCUGGUAUGCGCGUUAUUUUUCAAAGUUCUUACGGGAAAUGGGAAAUGGGAAACGGGAUUAUGACCCUUGAUGUUAUCUUUUUUUAUUGUUCUUUAAAUCAAGAUUAAAUGAUUUACAUUAUUACUUGACUGUUUUCCCCUAGACUUGCACCUAGAGUUGGUUUCUGUAGUUGAGCAGUUGAGAU